GAUUUGCAUACAAGGAACGACCUGUCUAGAUAGCUGUACUCAUCAUCAGCAAAAAAGACAAAUCUCAAGAUCGCUUUAGUGUCUGAUGUCCGUGGUCACCCAAUCCCACACUCACCAUGGCUUGGACAAAAUAUCAGCUCUUUCUCGCCGGGUUGAUGCUCACCACAGGAUCUAUUAACACACUAUCCGCAAAAUGGGCUGAUAUGUUCUCUGCACCAGGAUGUCAUGGUAAUCCAGACCAUUCCUUCUCCCACCCUUUUGUACAGGCUGUGGGAAUGUUUUUGGGAGAGCUGUCCUGCCUGGUGGUGUUCUACAUUCUCCUUUGUCAUGAUCGGCGCAAACCUGAGCCCACAGUGGAUCCGGGCCAAAGUUUCAACCCCCUACUUUUCCUCCCUCCUGCUGUUUGUGACAUGUUGGGAACAUCCAUCAUGUAUGUUGCACUGAACAUGACUAGCGCCUCCAGUUUUCAGAUGCUGCGAGGAGCUGUGAUCAUCUUCACUGGACUGUUGUCUGUAGCGUUCUUAGGACGACGACUGCAGCCCAGUCAGUGGAUUGGGAUCCUAGUCACCAUCCUUGGUCUGGUGGUGGUUGGCCUGGCUGACUUUGUGAACGGCCAUGGGAAUGAACACAAGCUCAGUGAGGUUAUCACAGGGGACCUUUUGAUCAUCAUGGCACAGAUCAUUGUUGCAGUCCAGAUGGUCCUGGAGGAGAAGUUUGUUUACAAGCACAAUGUGCAUCCACUGAAAGCUGUUGGGACUGAAGGUUUUUUCGGGUUUGUCAUCCUCUCUUUGCUCCUCAUUCCAAUGUACUUCAUUCAUGUGGGAAGUUUUGCAGACAACCCACGGCAGGUCCUCGAAGACGCACUGGACGCCUUCUGUCAGAUUGGCCAUAAGCCUCUCAUUUUACUGGCACUGCUGGGCAACACCGUGAGCAUCGCCUUCUUUAACUUCGCCGGCAUCAGCGUCACCAAGGAAAUAAGCGCCACUACUCGCAUGGUGCUGGACAGUCUGCGUACCCUGGUCAUCUGGGUUGUGAGUUUGGCUCUGGGUUGGGAGGUGUUCCACGGCCUACAGAUUCUAGGCUUCAUCAUCCUACUCGUGGGUACAGCGCUGUACAAUGGACUCCACAAGCCCUUGAUGGCCAAACUGCCCUGCUGCCCUGGAGAGCAGAGAGCAGAAGAGGGAGAAGCCCCAGAGAGAGAGAGACUGAUUGGUGGAGGAAAAGCUGCAAAUGAGAGCUAAUAAUGGACUUUGAACAAAAUGCUGGCCACAAAGGCAUUUUUGGUUUUAGUUUUAACUGUUUAAAGAAUCACAUUUUAGUAUUGUUUUAGAGUUUGAUUCAACACUUGGGAAACAUCACUACUUUUUGCCUAAAAUGAUUUUUGUGGGCAUGUCUCAAGUUUUUCUCAGUUUUAAAAUGGUUUGAAUGCAAAUUUUUACUUUAGGAAAGGGAAUCAUUUUUACAUGAUUCUAAUGCCAAAAAUCCUUAGAAUGAUAUUUUAAAGUUUUUAAUCCUGUGUUUUAUACAUUUAAAAACAGUUGUUGUUGUUGUUGUUUACAUGAUGUGCUGUUGUUGGGAGGACAUUAUUUCUUUAACCAUUAUUUGAGGAAUUGGUUUUUUAGUGAUCUGUGAAACGGGUAUUGUGUACUGACAAGAAAAUCUUAGGUUAGUCCAUGUAAUUUUGGUUUAUAAAAAUAUGGAAGUAGCGCUAAGUUUAAUGCCAGUAAAUAUUCUUUUUUCACACCGUAAUAUAGAAGGAACCCUAGUAUCAAAAAACAGUGUAGUUUUUACUAAAAGUAUUAAACUGACAUCUGUUUAAUUUCACAAAUCUGUCCUCUGCAUACAUGUAUAAAUUCCUCUCACAUUCUUGUACAUUGUGGAUGCAUUUGUUUGUUGCUAAUGAAAACAUGAAGAGGAAAGAACUGUUUAAUUCAGUGACUAAUAGAUUAUAUUAGAUUAUUACAAUCUAAUAUAAUGUGUGUGUCACAUCUAAUUAUGUGUAACAACCCUUUUGCUGUUUCUGAAUGCAUUCAAAACGAAUAUUGAUUUCCUAACUAAAUUUUUGAACUGCAUAAAUUUCAAAUUUGAUAAUGUUGUACAUCAAUGUAAAUCUUGUUACAUAUAUACAGUACACCUUGCAGAAUCUGCAAAAAGUUAAUUAUUUUACCAAAAUAAGAGAUCAUACAAAAUGCAUGUUAUUUUAGUACUGAUAUAUUACAUAUAGAUAUUUACUGAUAGAUAUUUCACAUUAAAGACAUUUACAUAUAGUCCACAAGAGAAAAUAAUAGUUUAAUUUAUAAAAAUGACCCUGUUUGAAAGUUUACAUAAGCUUGAUUUUUAAUAAUUUAUUGUUACCUGAAUGAUCCACAGUGUUUUAUUGUUUAGUGAUAGCACUUUUGUGUAUUUGAGCCCUUUACAACAAUGACUGUAUGAUUUUUAUAUCCGUCUUUUUACACUGAGGACAGACAGGGGUGUAAACUUUUGAACAGAAUAAAGAUGUGUAGAUUUUUCUUAUUUUGUCUAAAUAUCAUAUUUUUUCAUGUAGUACUGCCCUUCAGAAGCUACAGAAGAUACUUACAUGUUUCCCAGAAGACAAAAUAAGUUCAAUUUUCCCUGAUCUUCAAAUUCUAAAAGUUUUCACCCCUGGCUAUUAAUGCAUUGUGUUUCAUAGUUGACUUCUUUCAUAGUUGCAUAUGAGUCGCCCAGUUGUCGUCAAUGUGAAAAGAUGGAUUUCAAAAUCAUACAGUCAUCGUUGGAAAGGGUUCAAAUACACAAAAAUGCUGAAAAAACAAAUAAUCUGUGGGACCUGAAGGAUUUUUCUGAAGAACAGCAGGCAGUUUAACUGUUCAGGACAAACAAGGGACUCAUGAAAAACUAUUACUUAAAAAGAAAAAACACACAGCUGUGGAUCAUUCAGGUUUACAGUAUUAUAAAAGUAAACUUUGAACUGGGUUAUUUUUAUAAAUUCAACUAUUAUUUUCUCUUUUGGACUAUAUGCAAAUGUAUCCUAAGUAAAAUAUCUUAUUCAGGUCAGCACUAAAAAAAAAAAAAAAAAAACAUGCAUUUUGUAUGAUCCUUCUUAUUUUGUUUAAAUAAUUAACAUUUUGCAGAUUCUGCAAGGUGUAUGUAAACUUUUGGCCUCAACUGUAUGUAUAUUCUUACACAACAAAUGUUCAUCGUGAGCAUAAUAUCAUAAUAUUUAAAGGAAAGUUUAAAAAAUGGUCAUCAAUGCGAAUAAUUAUAAAAACGGUAACACUUUACAAUAAAGAUCCAUUAGUUAGCAUUAGCUAACAAUUAGCAAUA